AUGACCAUCAUACCGUCAACAGUUCCUUCUCUGCAAGGUUAUGAAGUCGUCCGCCACCAGAAGACACAAGAUGAAUUACUGGAGCCAGGGUUAAAGACAAAGCAAGAACGUAGCGCAGGCUUCCAGGUACGACGGGGUAUGGGCCUCAGAAAGGGCUCGCUUCAUUCAUACAAUCGAAUACAGGAUAAGAGUGAUGAAGCCACCCCGUCGUCUGACAGCUUCUGGGCAACGACCGCUCGGCCCUUCGUGCGCUGGGUGCUCACGCCCAUGGGUAUCCUGAUCACGAUCUACGCAUUAAAUAUCGUUGCGUGGGGAGGCAUGCUGUUCCUCCUGAUGUGCAAUGCAGCGCCGGCGAUGUGCCACCCCGACUGCGACAGCCUUGAUUCGUCGCGCCGAGUCUGGAUCGAGAUCGACUCUCAAAUCUUGAACGCCCUGUUCUGUGUGACAGGGUUUGGGCUGGCGCCCUGGCGCAUCCGCGACCUAUAUUUUUGGGGUUUCUGGCGACUCAGUCGAUCGGAGCGGAGUCGUCAGAGAGGGCUCGUUCGUUUGGCAGACAUCCAUUCGAGUUGGUUCCUUCGGCCCCGGGAGGUGAUGGACAUGCUGCCCACUACAUCUUCUCCCACCAAACUAGACAUAGCACAUCCCACGCCAACUGCGCUCUGGAAACUGGACGUCGUGGUUUGGGGCAACAUGCUCAACACCGUCUUCCAGAUUUGUCUUGCCUUAUGUAUGUGGACGAUGAAUCGAUUCAAUCGGCCGAGCUGGACCACUGGUCUUUUCGUUGCCCUGGCCUGCCUCGUCGUUGGCCUCGCAGGGGUGGUGACAUGGUUGGAGCAAAGGCGAAUCAAGAACGAUUCCGUUCCAGAAGCGGCCUCGUUGACAGCGGAAGGCCCCACGGGGGCUAAGCCUCCGCCUGGGAUGUGA